UUUUUCUUAACCGCCUUUGCCCAUGGGGACUAACCCAAAAGGAUCAAAGAGACCGAGUCCGUUAAGUUGAUUUCACUUUCACUCGCUCAGUCUCCAACGGACCACCACGCAGGCACGAGCACGAUGGCCAGCAUUUCCAGACCCAGGAGACUCACAGAGCCCCGAUCCGGACGCAAAAUGGUCCGCACCAGGCAAAGUGCUGCUAACAAGACUCCGUACGACCGCCCAGCAUUAUCCCCGAAUCUGACACCUCAAAACCCUAAUUGGCUCUCCAAAUUUAUUUACUCGCCUACUCGCUUGAUUGCCACCGGUGCUGGAAGAAUCCUUUCCUCCGUCUUCACCGGCGAAUCCUCCGCUUCUUCAUCUUCCUCCUCUUCAGAGGAUGACAGUGAUCAUAUUGAUAAUGAAAUGUCUCCUCAGAUAACUGACUCAAUCAAAAAGAAACGGGCUCUAGAAGUCAAUCAGCAGCCGAGUGAAACGCAAUCUAUUGUGGAGAAGAGUGAAACGAAGUAUCUAAUAGAACGGCUUAUCAUGCAGGUGACAUUUUCAAGGGAAGAGUUCAAUAGACUGACAAGUAUUAUUAAGUCAAGAGUUGUAGAUAGCCCCAUUUAUGGAGAUGGAGAGUAUGGAAGAUUUAGUGAACUCUCUAAUAGAAAAGCUGACAAUGAUCUAUGCAGUGCAGCUGUAUCGGAGGCAAAAAAGUGGUUAGAGGAGAAGAAAUUGGAUUCAAAUUCAAAGUCAGAUUUGGAACUUGGAACCUGCAUCUUGAACUCUGCUAUGUUGCCUCAUGGCUCUGAUAGUGAACCAGGUUCUCCAGUUGAUGUAGCCAAAUCAUAUAUGCGAACACGUCCACUAUGGACUUCUCCAUCUGGGAACCUUACGGAAUUCCAAUUACCAUCACCAACUAGGAUACAGCUUUUCAACGGCGAAUCACCACACUCAAUUGGUUUCUCAUCUUUGUCAUCCAAGUUUAAAAGGGAUUCUCCUGCCUCUGGUUCAUGGAAUAUCUCUGAGGAGUUACGAAAAGUGAGAUCCAAAGCAACAGAAGAUAUGCUAAGGACUCUACCAUCAUCAAAAAUUGAUUUGUCUGCACUCACUUCAGAGAAUAGAAGUGCUGUGAAGUCCAUAGUGGCUAAGGAGGUAGGAGCUACUAUGAGAGACAAGGUACUGACCUCUACAAAAUCAGUAGAUGCAUCGUUAAACUUGGUUACAGGAGUAACUACUUCAUAUGGCUUACCAGUUUCACAGAUGACUCAAGAAGGAUUGCAAAAUGAACCUUUGUCACCAAAUCGAGCUAGUUUUAUUUCUGAACAAAACAAGCUUCACACAGAGGUCUUGGAGGAUGUCCAAACCAUGGAGGAAACUAGAGAAGGGAGACCAAGCUCUGAACAAAGACUUCAACCACCGGAAGAGUUCAAGACUGUACAACAAAGUGAUGCUGAUGCUGCCAAUCUUCAUGGCAUUAAGGAGACAAAUGGGACUAAACAAUUGUGUGACUCCAAAGUAAGUGGAACUGCUCAAGAUACGGAAUUACAUGACCACAACUGUUCAGCGUCAAAAGAGACUGCUGGAAAAGGUGGCUUGAUUACUCCUGAUGGUUUCCCUCCAGGAUCUUGUUUGUCUGCUGGACAAGAUAGUAUACAAAACAACCUGGUGUCUGAUGCAAAACAGAAUCCAGCUGGUUCAGGCCACGACAAAGUCAUUCCAAGUGUUCCCAGAGGGGAGAUCUGUGAAUUUUUGAGCGAAUCUUCGGUUGAAGUACCAAUUACACGUGACAUUGAUAGCUCUAACACUGCCUCUCAAAACAGUUCUAGCAUGCCAAGUGAAGAGUUAUCACGAGAGCCGAAUAGGAGUUCAAAGCGCAGUGUAGCAGGCAAGACAAGCAGUGUCAGGGAGAAGCAACCGGCAAAGAAACUAACGAGAUACAAUAGAGGCGGUAGGGGUCGGGGUAAACAAUGAUAAAUUGUAUUUUUUUAAACUUACUGUAAAAUAGUGCAGAGGAAAAAGAUGAUUGCCACAAAUAGGCAUUUGUAAGUUGUAGUGAAGUUGGUAAAUCUGUACUCUGUAUGGGUUUAAUUCUAAGUUAGGAUUCCUUCUUUUCCUUUUUCCUUUGAUUGUAUUUACUAUUCAAGAGUUAUACAUCUUAAAUUUCUAGGCUAGAAAGUGGUUUUCAAGUC